AUGCUGGGACUUGUAGCCUUCAUAGGUGGUGACCUCCAUGCUACGUCUGGGAGACUCCUGAGAUGCACCUUGAAGUCUUCAGCAGUCCAACAGACUUCUGGCUCCACACACCACCUCCAGAGGGCGUGGCUCUCCUCACAGGCACCUGUCUGUGGACACCAUACCCCUAAACAUAGGACAGGGCUGUAUGGGCCUUUUACACACCCACAGCAGACACUGGGGAGUUCCCGUGGCCCCCUCUCCCUCUUCACCCAGAGGGCCGCCCUCUCCCAGGGACCCAACACCUCCACAGCCAAUAUCAGGCUGCGAACACGGCUGGUGGUCACCCUGCUGUUCGGCGGGGGUCUGCUUGGCACCUGGUGGUACGUGCGUAAUGAGAAGCAGCAAAAUCACAGAAUGCAGCGUAUAGAGCAGUUGAAAAAGGUGACCCUGGGCCAGGGAGACUACAGCCUCCUUGACCACAGGGGGCACCGCAGGACCAAGAGAGACUUCCUGGGUAGCUGGGUGCUCCUCUACUUUGGCUUCACCCACUGCCCUGACAUCUGCCCCGAUGAGCUGGAUAAGAUAUCUGCUGUGGUCAGCACUCUGGACAAGGACCCGUCUCUACCUCCGGUCCAACCGCUGUUUGUGACGGUUGACCCGGAACGAGACGAUGUGGCGGCCCUGGAGAGGUACGUGAAGGACUUCCACCCCCGGCUGAUCGGCCUGACGGGUACCCCAGAGGAGGUGAAGGUGGCGGGGAAGGACUACAGGGUGUACGCCAGCCCUGGACCUAAGGAUGAGGACGGGGACUAUAUAGUGGACCACACCAUCCUCAUCUACCUGGUCAACCCAGAUGGACUGUUCCUGGACUAUUACAACAGGAUGAAGGAUGACGUGCAGAUUGCUGAGAGCAUCAGGAACCAUAUGAAGAGCUACGUCAAACUCCCUGAGUGA